UGUGUUAGACUCAGGGGAGCUGUGAUUGGUAUAGACGAUGAGGACGACAGCACCUUCACAAUAACUGUUGAUCAGAAAACCUUCCAUUUUCAGGGUGAGCUGAAAGAAGAGAUUGUUUUUUCUUAUAAUAGAUUCCACUUGUAUUUGAUGGAUGAUUUUAAAUGUUUGGCAACAGAACAGCAUGAAUGAGCACACUGAGAACAUUCUGGAUUCAGGGGUGCUGCAGGUUAGGCAGGGAUUUACAUCUGCAGUGGAUACAUAUGUGCUAGAAAGAGACUGUAGCUCUGGCAGGAUUUGGAGAUUAAAGAUGUAAAGAAUAAAUCACUCAAGGGGAGAAAGUAAUGGGCUUCCGAUUAUGACUUUCGCUUACAAAACGUUUCUGAUCUUCGUUAUCAAGAUACAAUUAUGCAUUUCUGUAUGAAGAGAAUCAAGACUGGUCUGAAGGUUGCAAUUUGUAUCCAAAUAGAACUUAAUGCUCAAUUAAGAGGAGACUAGAGGCAGCAUUUGGCUUAACGGUGGAGCUUUGCUUCAAGAUUUACCAGCUUGCAUUCAUUUCAUCUACAUUUCUGUGUCUUGUCUGCCAGUCACCAUUUCUCUGCUAUUAUCCUUUUAUUCACAUUUACUAACACCAAUGCCAUCUGCCACUGCUAUGUUUCGUCAUUGCAUGCUAUGGUUCACCGGUAGAAAGGGUAAGGUACUAUAUAAUUAUGUACUCCUUAAAUUAUUUUAUCUGCAGCAGUAGGACAAAAUGCUGUGAUAAUAUUGACUAGAAAAUGUCUCUUUUCUGAAUGCUAAAAUCCUAGAAAAGUGUGAUGAAAAUAUUUUUCAACUAACAUUUGUUAGUCCUUUUGCUUUUCCUCUAAAAUGUAGUGACUAAAUCAUUUAAUUGCUUUGCAUGGAGCUGGAAACUGUAAAUAUCCAAGAGGCACAUUUGCAUUUAAGCAGUCAUUAAUUUAUAUAAACUGGAAUAAUUCUAUAGUCUAUAUUGUACUGUAUAUAUUUUUAAAUUAGUGAUUUGGAAAUGGGAGUUAUCAUUAAUACUGCUGUGUUUGUGAGAAUGUUUCUAAUGAUAAGUGUUAAUUGUACACCAUAUUGUCACUGGCAUCUGUAUUCCUUGUGCUACAGUUCUGCCUAAAUGCUGCUGCUGUACUCUGGCUUUUCACUGCAUUAAGCCUCAGAAACGUACCUUCAUAAUGCUGAGCUCAUAGUAAUACUUAAAUUUACUGUUCCCAAGGAUAACUGAUAAAAUACAAGCUAAUUGCUAAUGCAGUAAUGGAAUACUGUACUAUGGCAGUCUUUCCGUACUAUGAAGCUAAAUUCUGCUGAAUAUUUGAGAACUUGCUAUAGCUCGAGAUGCUGAUGAGAGAGAGAAGUGGAUUCAUGCUUUAGAGGACACCAUUCUCCGCCAUACCCUCCAGCUUCAGGGUGUGGAUUCAGGAUUUGUUCCCAGCGUUCAUGAUUUUGACAAGAAACUUACGGAGGCUGAUGCUUACUUACAGAUCUUGAUAGACCAAUUGAAGCUCUUUGAUGAAAAGCUCCAGAACUGCAAAGAUGAUGAACAGAGAAAAGCAAAAAAUUGAAAGUCUCAAAGAAACAACCAGUAGCAUGGUAGAAUCAAUAAAACACUGCAUUGUGUUGCUACAGAUCGCUAAAAGCACUAUAAACCCAGUUGACGCAGUAUAUCAGCCCAGUCCUCUGGAACAGUCAGUGAUCAGCACAAUGCCUUCCCAAGCAGUUAUACCUCCAGAACCUGCUCAGUUGUGCAAGUCAGAGCAGCGACCCUCAUCUUUGCCAGUGGGACCUGUAGUAGCAUCGCUUGGAAAUCAGACUCCAACACCAAAUAGUACAGGAAGCGGGCAGUCAGCACCUAGCAGCAGUCUCACCUCUCCAAGCCAUGUCAACAUGUCUCCAAAUACAGUCCCAGAUUUUUCUUACUCGAGCAGUGAGGAUGAGUUCUAUGAUGCUGAUGAAUUCUAUCAGAGCAGUUCUUCCCCAAAGCGGUGUAUGGAUUCUUCAGGGUCUGCUGCUGUCCUGACUCGGAGCAGCACAGGAAGCAGUCUGAAACGUCCGGAUACCACAGAAUCCCUCAAUUCUUCCAUUUCUAAUGGGACAAAUGAUACUGAUCUCUUCGAUCCUCCUGAUGAUCGAGAUGAUGAUGGGGAAGGAGAAUCAGUGGAAGAACAUAAGAGUGUUAUUAUGCAUCUAUUGUCACAAGUUAGAUUAGGAAUGGAUCUAACAAAGGUGGUUCUUCCAACUUUUAUCCUGGAAAGACGAUCGCUGUUGGAAAUGUAUGCUGACUUUUUUGCACAUCCGGACUUAUUUGUCAGCAUUAGUGACCAGAAGGAUCCAAAGGAACGGAUGGUUCAAGUGGUUAAAUGGUACCUCUCAGCUUUUCAUGCAGGAAGAAAAGGGUCAGUUGCUAAAAAGCCUUACAAUCCCAUUUUGGGUGAGAUCUUCCGAUGUCAUUGGGUGUUACCAGGCACCGAAGGUGAAGAUGAUAUGGAGCCAGUUUCAGAAGGACCAGUUCCCUGGGUCAGUAAAAGCAGUGUAACGUUUGUGGCAGAGCAGGUCUCUCAUCAUCCUCCAAUUUCAGCAUUUUACGCCGAGUGUUUUAGCAAGAGGAUACAGUUCAAUGCUCACAUAUGGACCAAGUCAAAGUUCUUAGGAAUGUCUAUCGGGGUUCAUAACAUAGGGCAAGGGUGUGUAACAUGCCUAGAUUAUGAUGAACACUAUAUUUUGACCUUUCCUAAUGGUUAUGGAAGGUCUAUUCUCACUGUGCCAUGGAUAGAACUUGGUGGAGAAUGCAGUAUUAACUGCUCAAAGACAGGCUAUAAUGCUUCCAUCGUCUUCCACACAAAACCAUUUUAUGGAGGAAAGAAGCACAGAAUUACAGCUGAAAUCUUUUCUCCGAAUGACAAGAAACCCUUCUGCUCAAUUGAGGGAGAAUGGAACGGUGUCAUGUAUGCAAAAUACAGCACAGGGGAGAACGCUGUCUUUAUAGAUACCAAGAAAAUGCCUACAAUUAAGAAGAAGGUAAGAAAAUUGGAGGACCAAGACGACUUUGAGUCUCGCUGCCUAUGGAAAGAUGUAACCUACAACUUAAAAAUUAGAGACAUCGAUGCAGCCACGGCCGCAAAGCAUGCACUUGAAGAAAGACAAAGAGCUGAAGCCAGAGCUAGAAAGGAGAAUGAGACCUCAUGGGAAACAAGGUUAUUCCAUGAGGAUGGAGAGUGCUGGGUCUAUGAUGAGCCGCUAUUGAAACGACUUGCUGCCAGUAAACAUUAAGUGGAUUCUAAGCCCAGAAAACACUCAAGCCUUGGCUUAGCGAAGUUUACACCUGAUACCAAGCUAGUCAGCAGUUAUCACGUACGUACCGGUUGGAGAACCUGACCCCUCCAACUACAGUGGUUCCUAUCUCAGGGAUACUGGACUUACUGGUGCAGAUAAGCAAUUAAAUGAAACAAGAAACGUCUUGGCUGUGCAGUAACUUAUACUGGACUCCGCUCUACUGGCGGUGUGCUCAGGCUCCACAGGCAGGUGCUGGAGCCUGCUGACCGAUGCUUCUAGAGCACAGGGAAUCUGGGCUCUGAAGCAGAUACACUUCAUAUAACCACUGUGAAGGCCAUGGCAUUGGUAUCAGUUGCAUAAUAUUCCUGGGUCCUACAUAUUUAAAAACAAACAAGAAACAAAAUGCAAGAUGUCAUUUAAAUCUAGCUGAUGUUGGCAAUGUGUAAAUAUGAGGAUUCCUUUGAUGGGACAGUUUGUUAGAAAAUGCUACAUCCAUGUUAUCUUCCACCUGUAUGAUAAUCAAACCUUUUGGCAUUUCAGUGUCUUGCCCAAAAUAACUUUGUUAUUUUGAGAUUGAAAUGUAACCAUAGAUAAUAAUUCUACUCAAUGCAUCUUAAAGCUUCAUAAAAUAGAUUUUUCAAACUUC